AUGGUCAAAGAUUUGAAUGAGCCCGGUUUUCUACCGAAGAGGAGGCCUUUGCUGCGUCCUCAACGGUCUGAUUCCAUGGCCAAUAAUCCGGCAUCUGUGAAUGUUAAUGCAAGCACAAGGGGUCGUGGUAGACAAAAACAAGAGUCUGGUAAGGACAGUUCGAGGUCACCAUCGUUACACUCUCCAAAAUCAUGGAUAAGAAGCGCGUCUACAACGGGAAUUCUUGGACUGCGGCGUCCAGAGCUAGCACAUUCUCAUUCGCAGGCUCCUCCGUCUGCUGCACCUGUUGGAAGUAACCGAUCUCCUUUGAGAAGAUCUACCGCGAAUGCAACUCCCGUCGAAACUGGUAGAUCGUGGACAGAUGGCGAUAUUAACAACGUUGUGGACGUUCUGCCCUCCUUUGAGAUGUACAACGCCCUGCACAGACACAUCCCGCAGGGGAAUGUCGAUCCAGAUAGGCACGAUUUCCCACCUUCAUAUCAGGAGGCCAAUUCAACUGUAACUAGUGCUGUAGGCUCGAGCACCGUAGGCUCGAGCACUGAUCUCUCACAUCAACCAUUGUCUACGAACGCAUUGGGUGCCACAUUGGGUGCCACACGUUCUUCGUCAACAUCUAAUUUAGAAAAUUUAAUUCCACUACGAACUGAACACCAUAGUAUUGCGGUACAACAAUCAACUGUCGUUGAUGAGGAUUUGGUGGAGGUUCCUCCGAUACUUGAUGAUUUGAAUGACGCAGACAAUAUUUUCAUUGAUAAAUUGUACACUUUACCAAAAAUGUCCACGCCCAUCGAAAUUACAAUAAAGACCACGAAGCAUGCACCAAUACCACACGAGAAGCCAGAAGAAGAAUCCAUUCUUAAAGAGUAUACGUCGGGUGAUUUAAUUCAUGGUUUUAUUACUAUUGAGAAUAAGUCUCAAGUGAGCCUGAAGUUUGAAAUGUUCUAUGUUACUCUGGAAUCUUAUAUUUCCAUAAUUGAUAAGGCCAAAGGCAAAAGAACAAUCAAACGGUUUUUACGAAUGGUAGAUUUAAGUGCCUCUUGGUCCUACUCGAAAAUUGCGCUGGGGUCCGGUGUGGACUUUAUUCCUGCAGAUGUUGACUACGAUGGUUCCGUCUUUGGGUUAAAUAAUAGCCGGGUUUUGGAACCCGGAGUCAAAUACAAGAAAUUUUUUAUCUUCAAGUUGCCAUUGCAACUACUAGAUGUUACCUGUAAGCAGGAGCAUUUCUCUCAUUGCUUGUUGCCUCCCAGUUUUGGUAUAGACAAGUAUAGAAAUAAUUGCAAGUACUCCGGGAUCAAAGUUAACAGCGUCCUUGGGUGUGGUCAUUUAGGCACAAAGGGCUCGCCCAUUUUGACCAAUGAUAUGUCUGACGAUAAUCUCUCAAUCAACUACACUAUUGAUGCUAGGAUUGUUGGAAAGGACCAAAAAACUUCCAAAUUGCACAUUAUGAAGGAGCGUGAAUAUAAUUUAAGAGUCAUUCCUUUUGGUUUCGACGCCAAUGUCGUCGGGGAAAGAACCACUAUGAAUCAACUGAAUGAUUUCACCAAAUUAGUACAGGAAAGAUUGGAAGCCCUUAAAAAAAUUUUCCAAAGGUUAGAGAAAAAGGAACCUAUAACGGAUCGCGAUAUCCACGGUGCAGACCUAAGUGGCACUAUUGAUGAUUUCAUAGAAUCUGAUUCUCAAGAAAUUUUACAGAGGAAACUGGAUCAACUACAUAUCAAGAAUAGGGAUGAUUAUUUGGUCAAUUACAACGAUUUGAAGUUGGGUCAUGAUAUAAACAGCACUCGCACUGGAAGUAGUAGCUAUAAUACUAAUAGAGCAUGGGGUUCUUUUGUUGAAAGUGAGUUGAACUAUAAACUGAAAAACAAAUCCAACACCUCGUCAUUCCUGAACUUCUCUCACUUUUUAAACAGUAGUUCCAGUUCAACGUCCAUUUCUUCAAGUGCUUCAAAGAACAAUCACGACCUGACAAGUAAUAAAGAAAGGACUGGUUUAAUACUAGUAAGGGCUAAGAUUCCAAAACAGGGCUUACCAUAUUGGUCUCCUUCAUUAUUGAGAAAGACAAAUGUUUUCGAAUCUAAGAGCAAACACGAUCAAGAAAAUUGGGUGAGAUUGUCUGAGUUAAUUCCUGAUGACGUGAAAACCCCACUGGAAAAAAUUGAUUUACAAUUAACCUGUAUUGAAUCCGAUAAUAGUUUACCUCAUGAUCCACCAGAGAUUCAAUCAAUUACCACAGAACUAAUAUGUAUAACAGCUAAAUCUGAUAAUUCUAUCCCAAUAAAACUCAAUUCCGAAUUGUUGAUGAAUAAAGAAAAGCUAACGGGUAUCAAAGCAUUGUACGAUGAGUUCCAUUCAAGAAUUUGUGAAUAUGAAACUAAGUUCAACAGAAGUUUUCUUCAGUUAAAUGAGUUAUACAAUAUGAAUAGGGGAGACCGUAGGCCGAAGGAGCUGAAAUUUACUGAUUUUGUUACGUCGCAACUGUUUAACGAUAUUGAAAGUAUUUGUAAUUUGAAAGUUGGUGUUCACAAUUUAUCAAGCAUAUUUAAAAAACAAGUAAAUACUUUAAAGCAACAUCCAAAGCACACACCGUCUGAGGAUUCAAUAUCGCACGCAGUUAACGGUAAUUCAUCGCUACCCAAUUCAGCAUCAUUGACGCCGGUAACUUCCUCAUCCAGGAGUAGUUUAUUUCUACCAAGCGGUAACUCAUCCACUUCUCUGAAGUUUACGGACCAAAUUGUCCAUAAAUGGGUUAGAAUCGCGCCUUUGCAGUACAAAAGAGACAUUAAUGUGAAUUUGGAAUUUAGUAAAGAUAUUAAGGAAACUUUAAUUCCAAGUUUCGAAAGUUGUCUGUGUUGUAGGUUCUAUUGCGUUCGAGUAAUGAUCAAAUUUGAUAAUCAUCUUGGAGUAGCAAAAAUUGAUAUCCCUGUUUCUGUUCGGCAAGUGACAACAUAA